UUACGCGUCGCCAGCCGAUCGCUGUGACAUGGCGCUCCGUGUUUAGUAGGUAGAAUCUGAAGUGCGCCGGUAAUCUGAGUUCAUCGACAGUUUCUCGCGCGAAAUGUGGCGUUUAACGUUCGCCGCGUCGACCGUGUGUGUCUUGUUCGUCGGUGUGUUUGGUAAUGAUGCUGUUUCCUCGUCGUUGGUGAACACGAACGUUGAUAGGAAUGUGGACCUGCAGUCGCAACUCGUCAAGAUUAGCACCAAAAUCACGGCCGAAAAUAAGGGUUCCACGCCGAUCAAACACUAUCACAUCGCCCUGACCGGCGAAGAAAAACACCACUUGGCCUUCGUUGGCGCCGGGAUUGCCACCGACAAGGACAGUGAUCUAACGAUCACGGAGGUGACCGUGCCUGCACAAAAAGGAUUCCACCACUACCGCAUUGAGCUGCCCACUCCCCUUGCUCCUGGCAAGUCGGUGAAGUUGGUGGUCGAGACUACUUUCACUCACCUGGUCACUCCUCACCCGACGCACAUCACCCAGGCUGAACGUCAGCUCGCGCUCUACCAGGGUAACCACUACUUCCUGAGCCCCUAUGUCACCGAGUCGCAGGUCACUCGCGUGAGCCUGCCCACCCCAAAGCUUGAGUCGUACUCGAAGCUCAAGCCUGUAACGCACUCGGACAACCUGGUCACCUAUGGGCCUUAUGAGCAAGUCAAGCCUUACACUGAAGACAAGCUCACCGUGCACUACGAGAACAACAACCCGUUCCUGACUGUCACGAACCUUGAGAGGGCCAUCGAAGUCUCGCACUGGGGGGUCAUCUCGGUCGAGGAGGUAAUCGACCUGCGCCACACCGGGGCCAUCCUCAAGGGCUCCUUCUCACGUUACGAGUACCAGAGGGACCAGAAUGGCGUCUCUUCGGUCAAAUCGUUCAAGACGGUGCUGCCAGCUUCGGCCAUGGACGUCUACUACAGGGACGAAAUUGGAAACAUUUCAACGAGUCACAUGAGGGUCCUGCACGAUGCUGUGGAGCUGGAUGUGCGCCCGAGGUUCCCACUGUUUGGUGGCUGGAAGACCCACUACAUCCUCGGCUACUACGUCCCCACUUACGAGUACCUUUACAACUCGGGUGACCAGUACGCCUUGCAGAUGCGAUUUGUGGACCACAUCUUCGAUGACAGUGUCACAGACAAGGCGACUGUCAGGAUUAUCCUCCCAGAAGGCGCCACAGACAUCAAGCUUCGUGUGCCAUACCAGGUCAAGCGCCUGAAUGACCAGCGUCACUACACGUACCUGGACACCAUCGGGCGUCCAGUAAUUGUUCUCGAAAAGACUAACCUCGUCGAGCAGCACAUUCAAGACUUCCAGGUUCAUUACAAGUUCAAGAAAUUGCUCAUGCUUCAAGAGCCCCUUCUCGUAGUUGUAGUCCUCUACUUGCUCUUCCUUCUUGUCGUCAUCUAUGUCAGGCUGGAUUUCACCAUCAACAAGGACCCCAUUUACGAGAGCAAGCUGCAGGUGAGCGGCCUGUUGGAAAAGGUGGCGGCCACUCAGGAUCGCCGGGCCGACCUGUACGCUCGGCACGACGAAGCAUUGACCAAGUACAAGGCGAGCAAGGAUGCCUCUGGCUUCCAGGCAUCGCUCAAGAAGAUCAAUGCUGAGCACAAGACCCUGACGCAGACCCUGGCUGACUGCCUCGGCAGGCUAAAGCAGGAGAGCAUUGAGGCUGCAGAACCGGUGAACGAGCUGCAGCGAUUGGACAAGCUUCUUCGGGAACAGUUUCAGCAGCACGUGGCACAGCUGGAGAAGUUCAUGGGCGGCAAGAUGAGCAAGCAGCAGUACCUGGACACCGAGGCCAGCAUUCAGAAGAAGAAAGAAGAGUUGGCCGAGAAGAUGCACACAAUCACGGCCUCGCUCUAGUCGCCACCGCCUGUAGCAGCUUUCUGCCAACUCCCACGCCAUCUCAUGUGUCGGCCAGAACAGCCUCCCGUCCACGCUGUUCCUUACUUUUUUUUUAAGAACAAUGCCAGCUGUUAAUUGAGCCAACUUAAUCGGGGAAAAGUAUCUUCAAUUGGAUGCCUCUGUUUUGUCAGGAUGUACAUAGGAUAGCUAACUGUCCCAUGGUGAGGCUAAUCGCUUUGUAAUAUAAUGUCAUGUCCUCUUACCUCUUUUCCAUGCAUAUUUGCAAUAAAAGUGAGUGUAAACAGUGCUAAUGUUUCUGUGUAUAUAGCACUUCGUCUUAGGCAGGCAAGCUUGGGUGAAAUCGUACAGACAUCUCGCCUUUCUAGUAUUUGCUCGACUCAAUAAGAGCGUCGCUUUUGUUGGCUAACGUUAGUGAAGUGGAAUGCAUCACUUUGGCAAACUGCACAAAGGCAAGCAAAUGUUGGGAAAGCAAGGUGUUUGCAUGAAUAGUGUUUGGCCUGGUGAAAUUCCACAUGUUCUGCACACCUGCAUCUAAACCUCUUUGAAAAUGUGAAAGGCGGGGGUUGUUCUGGCUGACGCAGCUGGCUUACUUCAUUGCAGUGUGGGAUCGGUGCAACUGCAAGGGGGCUAAUGGCUGCCCGGUGUGUUACAAAACUUGUGCGUGUAUGGGUGUGUGCCUAUGUGCAAAUGUUCUGUUGAAUUUCUGGGGGUAAGCUUAGAGGGCAUCGCUCAUUUCUUUGUGUUCUAAGCCAUUUUCAUUCCAAAGUUGAAUAAAAAGUCCUUUUCUUUCUU